UAGCAGCAGCAAAGUAGAAAAGUGCGUGUGUUGUUGGCCAACGUGCCUCUGUGUGCGUGUGCGUGUGUGCAGCUAGUGCAAUUAAGUGCAGUAGGCGGCGCACACAAUAAUAAAAAAAAAACGCUCACUCUGUGUGGGCGCCAGCUCGAGCAACAGCCACAGCAGCAACUGCAAUUCAAUUCACAGCGCACUGCAAUAAUGUCUUCGAAUAAUCAAUCGAGCGGCGUCGCUGGCCAAGUGGCAACAAGUGCCAACCCGCGCGGUGGCUCCACUAGCAACUCCACGGAUGCCACAGAUACGCAGCAUGGCAGCAACAAUAGCGCGAACAAUGCCAGUGCCAACGCCUCCUCCACAGGCAAUGCCACAGCAAGCAGCAACAGCAUCUCGAAUGCCGCCAGCGUUGGUCACGAUAGCCCCACGCACAAGGCUCAUGGCGGCCAUGCGCCGAUCAACACCAAAGAGCGAGUCGUCGACAGUGUCCCAUUUCCACCCAGUCACAAACUGACGCUGGCCGAGGUAUUCGACGCGCGCACCGGAAAACCAAAUCACGAGCUCCUCAAGCAGCACUUCAUUUUGGAAGGGCGCAUUGAGGAGGCGCCGGCAAUGCGCAUAAUUCAGGAGGGCGCCGCACUGCUGCGGCACGAAAAAACAAUGAUCGAUAUUGAGGCGCCGGUCACUGUCUGCGGUGAUAUACACGGCCAGUUUUAUGAUCUCAUGAAGCUCUUCGAGGUGGGAGGCUCGCCGGCGACAACAAAAUAUCUGUUCCUGGGCGACUAUGUGGACCGGGGCUAUUUUAGCAUUGAGUGCGUCCUCUAUUUGUGGUCGCUGAAGAUUACGUAUCCGCAGACGCUGUUCCUGCUGCGCGGCAAUCACGAGUGUCGGCAUCUGACCGAGUACUUCACCUUCAAGCAGGAGUGCAAGAUCAAAUACUCGGAGCGGGUGUACGACGCGUGCAUGGAUGCGUUCGACUGCCUGCCGUUGGCGGCGCUCAUGAACCAGCAGUUCCUCUGCGUGCACGGCGGCCUGUCGCCCGAAAUACACGAGCUGGAGGACAUUAGGCGGCUCGAUAGAUUCAAGGAGCCGCCCGCCUUUGGCCCCAUGUGCGACCUGCUGUGGUCCGAUCCGCUCGAGGACUUUGGCAACGAGAAGAACUCGGACUUCUACACGCACAACUCGGUGCGUGGCUGUUCGUAUUUCUACAGCUACGCCGCCUGCUGCGACUUCCUGCAGAACAACAAUCUGCUGUCGAUCAUACGGGCGCACGAGGCGCAGGACGCCGGCUACCGCAUGUACCGCAAGAGCCAGACCACCGGUUUCCCCUCGCUGAUCACCAUCUUCUCGGCGCCCAACUAUCUCGACGUGUACAACAACAAGGCGGCGGUACUCAAGUACGAGAACAACGUGAUGAACAUCCGGCAGUUCAAUUGCUCGCCCCAUCCGUACUGGCUUCCCAACUUCAUGGACGUGUUCACCUGGUCGCUGCCCUUUGUUGGCGAGAAGGUCACCGAGAUGCUGGUGAACGUGUUGAACAUCUGCUCCGAUGAUGAGCUAAUGACCGAGGAGAGCGAGGAGCCGCUCUCGGACGACGAGGCAGCUCUCCGCAAGGAGGUCAUCCGGAACAAGAUACGCGCCAUUGGCAAAAUGGCGCGCGUCUUCUCUGUGCUGCGCGAGGAGUCCGAGUCGGUGCUACAGCUGAAGGGGCUGACGCCGACGGGCGCCCUGCCCCUCGGCGCCCUAUCCGGCGGCAAGCAGUCCCUCAAGAAUGCCAUGCAGGGCUUCUCGCCCAAUCACAAGAUUACCUCGUUCGCGGAGGCCAAGGGACUCGAUGCGGUGAACGAGCGGAUGCCGCCGCGUCGCGAUCAGCCGCCCACACCCAGCGAUGAUAAUCAGCAUCCGCAUCAGAUUCAUAGUCAAGGAAACAAUGGCGCGGCGCAUGGGUAAACAGCAACGUCGAUGGCAAUGACAACGGCGUGGGGGUGACAACGGGACUCGGCGGCUUCUGUGGACGCCGAUCUCGAUCGGUAUUAAUAAUAAUACCUGUUGUCGAUGGUGUGACGUGUUGUGGUGUUGUGUGGCGUGGUAUGGUGGGGUGUUGGCUAUGCGCCCAGAGCAUGUUCUGAGCACGUACAAGACGGCACAGCACACGCACGCACACCUACACACACACACACACACAUACACAAACA